AUGCCGGAAGUGCUUGCAACACGGCUUCAGUUUAGGAGGGUCUCAGCUCCAACAGAGCGGAAAAGCGAGCCAGAGACACAAAAGCCCCGCCUCCCAGAACGAAGCUCCGCCAAUCAAUUGCCACCUAUCCCUUCGUUCCUUUCCCCCAGCGUCCUUUGGGUCACUCGCGCGUGCUCAGUCGCUCGCCUGAAGCCGCGUGCCCGGCCUCGCCCACACAGAUUGGCUGCGGGCGGGUCCGGUCGCCCCACCCUCUCCCUCCGGUCUCCUUUGAGUGGCUUCGCGGCGGGAGAGGGCGGGGCUUGGGGGCCGCGCGCGCAGGCGCGGUGGGGCGCGGCCUACGCGGACGGGAGGCGGGGCCUGGAUUGCCUCAGCGGCGGAGGCGGGGUUGCGUCGUGGCUGACUGGGCGGCCGGCGGAGGAGAGCGGCGGGCGGGGGGCGUCAGGCUUUCGGUUCACCCGCCGAGCGAGGAGCCCCCUCAGCCGCCGCCGCCGCCGCGAAGCCACUCGGGGCCUCCUUCGUGAGGGAGAACCGCCCGCCGAGGGGGGAGAGCGACGUCCGCGGCGGCCGCCCCCCCUCUCCCCCCCACCCCUCGCGAGCCUCUUCCUCCUCCUCCUCCUCAUCGCCAUGUCGGCCGGCGGAGACUUCGGCAACCCGCUGCGGAAAUUCAAGCUGGUCUUCCUCGGGGAGCAGAGCGUGUGGAAGACCUCAUUGAUGACCAGGAGUCAUGGACGACAGCGUGGCCAUGGAAAAUGCCAGUUCUGA